UUGUCCCUAUCUUCAGAAUGUUGUGAAUUAACAUAUAUUUCGAAAUCAACGUAAUUCCUUUGGACAGCUCAACAGGAUACGCAGCAAAGAUGAUGGAACCAGGGACCGUAGAUCCAGGCUUCCCGGACUCUCACAUGACCACAACGACUACAAGAGUCACACCAACUCUACGGUUCGACCCUUCGUACAUACGUACCAUCCCGGGUAUCAUCAAAAUUGUAGCAAUGGUACUGAAUCUUAUCGGAUACAUCAGCAUCUCUGCGUCGGUGAACUCCAACCACAGUCGAGCAGAAUGGUUCGCAUUCGUGUCAAUGACUGGGUUUUGGCUCACAGGACUGCUCCUAGUUUUCUAUGUUAUGCACGUAAUCGAAAAAUUCUACAUGGUACCAUGGCUUAAAAUAGAGCUUGGUUACGUGGCUUUGUGGACUUUCUUCUACUUUACUGCAUCGCUGACAGUCGCCCUUUGGGGAGGAUAUUUUGAAGCCUAUGCUGUUGCCGCCUUUUUCGGCUUCGCCGCCAUGUUGGUCUACGGAGCGGACACCUUCUUCAAGUUCCGGGCCUGGAAGUCCGGCGAAAUAGCGCAAGGGGAACAAACUAUUCACAUGGGACCACCAGAGCUCCAAUCUCCCGGUGCUUACUAAAUAAGAUAAACUCACCAUAAAGGAUGAUAAACCUAAACAUUUUUCUAACCUCAGCUGUUAAAAGAAAAAUAUUUCAGGUCUGAUAGAAGUGUUUGCGUUUAAAUGAUCGCCGAUGUAAGUAGUAGGGUGACAACAGGCCUUAGGAAGCAUCAAAAACUGUAGCGGGAAAGUUUUUUUCGAAAAAAUGUAAAGCUUCUGGGUGUAAUUUUUGCUC